CGUAGAUGAAAAGAGAGAGGCGAUCGAAGCAAAAAAUGGGGACGCCGCACAACCUAAUAAUUAUUGUUGUUUUCCAUGUCCUCCUACUUUUCUCGCAAAUUUCCGCUCGACGGCACUACUCAAACCUGGCACCUUCAUCAGCCUCCAACAAGCAGCAGCGGAUUGGCCGCCAUGUUUGCCAACCGUCCAGAUUUGCCGACCUGGGGCUGGACAUGGACGACUUUGCUUUCUGUGACAAAUCUCUCCCCUUCGCUGUGAGGGUCAAGGAUUUAGUAGACAGGAUGACGCUGGGAGAGAAAGCCCAACAGCUGGGAGACAAGGCGGAGGGGGUCCACAGGGUUGGGCUCCCCAGGUACAGCUGGUGGUCGGAGGCGCUUCAUGGCGUGUCGGACUUCGGCGACGGGGCGACCCAUUUCGACGGAGCGGUCCCCGGGGCGACGAGUUUCCCGACGGUCAUCGCGACGGCGGCGUCGUUCAACGAGUCGCUGUGGAAGAGGAUCGGGGAGGCGGUGUCGACGGAGGCAAGGGCGAUGCACAACCUGGGGCACGCGGGGCUGACGUUUUGGAGCCCCAACAUCAACCCGGUGAGGGAUCCGCGGUGGGGACGAGCUCUGGAGACUCCCGGGGAAGACCCGUUUGUGGCCGGGAAGUACGCAAUCAACUUCGUGAGAGGGUUGCAGGAUGUGAGGGGGAGCGAGAAGAGUAGGGACAUGGAGUCUCGGCCUUUGAAGGUGGCGGCUUCCUGCAAGCACUACGCAGCAUAUGACAUUGACAAUUGGCAAGGGUUUGAUCGCACCCACAUUGACUCACGAGUGACGGAACAAGAUAUGAUGGAGACUUUUGUGAAGCCAUUCGAAAUGUGCGUCAAAGAGGGCGAUGUUGCAAGUGUCAUGUGUUCCUACAACCGCCUCAACGGCAUCCCUACCUGUGCCGAUCCCAAGCUCUUAAAAGACACCAUUAGAGGAGAGUGGAACCUCCACGGAUACAUAGUCUCAGACUGCGAUUCAAUUGAUGUUAUGGUGAAUAAUCACAAAUGGCUUGGUGAUACACCUGAAGAUGCUGUUUCACAAGCUCUCAAAGCAGGUCUGGAUUUGGAUUGUGGGAGCACGUAUACGAACUACUCGAGUAACGCAGUGGUACAAGGGAAGGUGAAAGAGGGAGACAUAGACAAGGCCUUGGGGAAUCUGUACACAGUGUUAAUGAGGUUGGGUUUCUUUGAUGGGAUUCCUCAGUUUGAAGAACUUGGGGAAGAUGAGAUAUGCUCUGAUGAGCACAUUGAGUUGGCAGCCGAAGCAGCCAGAGAAGGAACUGUUCUUCUCAAAAACGCCAACCAAACCCUUCCAUUGCAAUCUCAUCACAUCAAAACCCUAGCUCUUGUUGGACCCCACGCAAAUGCAACCGAGGUCAUGAUCGGCAAUUACAAAGGCGUGCCAUGCAAAUACACAUCUCCGCUGGAAGGGUUUGCAAUGUACAGUAAGGUGGAUUAUAAAAUGGGAUGCGGGGAUGUUCAAUGCAAGAACGAGAGCUUGAUAUUCCCGGCGAUGAAGGCAGCUAAGAAAGCGGACGCCACUGUGAUUUUAGCUGGUCUAGACUUAAGUAUUGAGGCUGAGGGUUUGGAUAGAGUGGACCUUCUUCUUCCCGGCUAUCAGACGCAGCUCAUCAAUCAAGUCGCGGCCGUCUCUAAAGGUCCGGUGAUCCUUGUCGUCAUGUCGGCCGGCUGCGUCGAUAUCUCUUUCGCCAAAGAGAACCCCAAUAUCCAGGCCAUCCUCUGGACCGGAUAUCCUGGCCAAGAGGGCGGCCGCGCCGUUGCCGAUGUCGUCUUUGGAAGUUACAACCCAGGAGGAAAACUCCCAUUGACAUGGUACGAGGCGAAGUAUACGGAAGCAUUGCCCAUGACGUCCCUGCCGCUGAGGCCGUUAGAGCAGUUGGGGUAUCCGGGAAGGACAUACAAGUUCUUCAAUGGCACCACAGUUUAUCCCUUCGGUCACGGCCUGAGCUACACAAAUUUCACCUACAACCUCACCUCUUCGCAAAGGCUACUCAACAUAGAGCUCAACCACCUCCAGCACUGCCGUGACCUCAACUACACGGAAGGGGCGUUCCGCAGCCCCUGCCCCGCGGUGUUGAUCGACGACUUGAAAUGCGACGGCGGCCACAAGAUCAAGUUCGCGGUCCAAGUCAACAACGUGGGACUCAAAAGUGGGAGCGAGACGCUAAUUGUGUACUGGACCCCUCCCGCUGAAAUAGCCAAAGCUCACAUCAAACAAGUGAUUGCCUUCCAAAAGGUGGGGUUGAAUGCCGGGGAGAGUAAGACAGUGGAGUUUGAGGUGGAUGCUUGCAAGAGUUUGGGGUUGGUGGACUAUAGAGCCUACAAUCUCUUGCCUUCUGGUUCACACACUAUUGUCAUCGGAGAUGGAUUGCUCUCUUUUCCACUUCAAGUCGACUUCAAACUUACUCGCUAAGUACGCAUCAAUGUUACUACAUCCAUAUAGAUAGCGUUAGUUGUAGCUAGCUACAAAUUAUCAUGAGUUUUUACCAUAUUUUGAAUUCUACCUACUACUUAAUUAAUUAGCUUACUCUAGUCUAGUAAUAUAAGAUCAGGCUUCUUUUGAAUUAAAUAAAGACUUCUACCAUAGUCAAGUAAAAUAUGGAGGUAAUUUUUCCCACUUACACUGGUGUGAUGUCC